AUGUCUAUGAGCAACACAUCUACGACAAUGUUCCGCCGCGCUCUUCUAAGCAGCCGCCUCGCCACCUCCGAGUGCACCGCGCGAACCAUCCGACCAGCCUUUGCAGCAUACAGAAAUGUCUCCAGCUCAGCCCGCCUCCCUACACUCACAGCAUCAGAGACCCGUCGCCGACCUACCGUGCGACCAAACCAGCAGCCUAUCUCGCAGAACCCGCUUAAUGGGCUCUCGCCGACGAGCAAGCGCACCAUCUUCAUCCAGACUGAGAACACCCCCAACCCCGAUGUAAGCCCUGAAAUUUAUCCCCAACCACCGCGUUCUCCCAGAAGACUUCCCAACCACAUUUCUCGAAUACCUUUCACCACGCUCAACCCUCGCGCCACCUCACCCUCCCCUCUCGCAGCCAAGCUGCUGGACGUUGAAGGCGUGACCUCCGUCUUCUACGGCGCCGACUUCAUCACGGUUACCAAGGCUGGCGACGCCAACUGGGCACACAUCAAGCCCGAAGUCUUCAGCAUCAUCACCCAAGCCGUGACAUCCGGCGAGACGAUCGUGACCACAGUCGAAGCCGGUGCUGACGGCGAAGAGAGUGUCGAGGACUCGCUCAGCUACAACGAAGAUGACGAUGAAGUUGUCGGCAUGAUCAAGGAACUCCUCGAGACGAGAAUCCGUCCCGCUAUCCAGGAGGAUGGUGGUGAUAUCGAGCUGCGCGGUUUCGAGGAUGGUAUUGUUAUGUUGAAGCUUCGUGGUGCUUGCCGGACUUGUGAUUCCAGUACUGUCACGCUGAAGAAUGGCAUUGAGUCUAUGCUGAUGCAUUAUAUUGAGGAGGUCAAGGGUGUUGAGCAGGUUAUGGAUGAGGAGGAAGUUGUUUCUAUGCAUGAGUUCGCUCGGUUUGAGGAGAAGCUGCGCCAGCAGAAGGGCGCUGCUGCUACCGCCUCUGCUCCCUUAGAUAGCGCCCCGUGAGGGGUUUGAGAGGAUGCAUAUGUGUACAUUAAUUGGGUUUAAAU